AUGAAGGAGAAUAGCUAUCAUUUAGAGGGCAUUCAGUCCUAUAUCCCAUCUAAGCAGUCACAUGCUUAAAAUCACAGCUUUGCUCAGGGUUCGUUUUCAGUCCUUAGAGAUUCCUCUAACUUCAAUUUCUCUUCAAAGGAAGCAUCAUUGGUGAAAUCGCCAGAAUUCAAUCGAGAUGGAAGCAAGUCAGGAACUUUCAGCAAGGAUAACAGUGUCUACGAUACUAUCAAGAAUACUUCAAGUGUCUUACUAGAUUCUAACUAAUAGUAAAACUUCUCAAUUCAAAGUAGUAUUAUGAAUGCCUAGAAUCCUGAUGUAAUGGCUGAAAACCAAAGACUCAAAAGCUAAAUAGAGUUCCUAAAGCAAGCACUGAUGGCAAUCAAGCAAGAAAACAAUAUAGAGAUACCUAGUUUCAUGAUUGAUGAACCCCAGAACCCACUUCUGUCUCCUCAUUCUACACAAAAUGACGUGAUCUAAGAUGAGUAGGAACUCAAGCAAUAACAAAUAAUGCAGUCAAGUACAACAUCAUCAAACCUGACUAACUUGAUCCAAGAUAAGCAGAUGUAAAAAUACGAUUCAAUUCAAACGCCUCAGCAGCAAUCUUUUAGACAACCCUCUACCAGAAGACGAAAGCGAUCUGACAGAAAAUCCUUACUUAACAAUAGCUCAAUGUGCUUUAACAAUAACCUUGCUUCACCCUCUCCUCUCAGACAACAAGAAUUUACCUUAAGCUUUUCUAAGGAUGAACUGCCUCUGUAGAUUCAAAGCCGAAAAGGAUUCAAUAAGAAUCCAAUUAAUGAAGAAUCAAAGCUUUCAGACUCACUUUUGAUAGAUUAGAGUAGCAUAAACAUGCUAGAUAUCUCAAAUAUGAUAAAAAAUGAUUCGUAAAACAUCAUUGAGAAUGGCCAUUCAAGAUAGGAUUCUUAUGAAUAAUAGAUGGAUAAGCAAAGCUAGAUUCAAUAGAAAUAUGAGAAACUAAUUCAAGAAUUAUCCAAUGAAAGCUUACAAUAUCAACUUGAGAAAGCAUCGAAUGUCUCAGUCAAGUCAAGUAUUCAAACUAAAAGCUAAAAUAGACACUAGCUAAGCACUCAGCUUCAUCCUAUUUUAGAGUUAGAAUCAAAACUCGAGCAAAUAAAUCAAGAAGAAAAAAAAAUGCUUCAAAUGAUCACAAAUAAGUAGCAGCCUUAUUAGCAAAAAUAAGCCUAGACAUCUAAAAAUGCAAAUAAUGUGAUUAAAGAAUUUUCCAUUAAUUCUAAGGCAACUAAGAAAGAACAUUAAAAAGUUAGUAAAAUUAUCAAUGCUUCUUUUAAUAAUGGGCUAAAGACCUAGCAGUCUCAAAAGGAAAACUACAAGAUCCCUGAUAAGAUCAAGCAUCCCAAGCAGAGUCAAAGACUUACUACUGCAUGUAAUAAUUCCUAGCUUAGCAAGAAACCCAAAGUUAAAAUUGAGAAUAGCUCUGCAAUAAUCAGUGAAAUACAGAAGGUGAAAAUGUUUAGUGAGCAGAACAGCAGCAUUAUAAAUAACGAAUCCUGUCAAGAACCAGUUAAUAUAGAAAUAUAAGAUGAUUCAAUGAAGUUAAUCGAUCAAAUGGUGACUUAAUUUGAGAAUAAGUAUAAGGAUCUCACACCUCUCAGGAAAAAUCAGUCAAAAUAAUAAAGCAGAAAUCUUAAUAGUGCUAUAUCUGGCAGUAUGAAUACAGGUUCCUCUAUUAGCUAUACAAAUAAUAAUCAAUCAAUAUGUGCUCCAUUCAAUGAAAAGGACGAGAAACAAUUUGGCAGAUACAGUAUUGAAGAAAUAGAAUCUAGAAAGGAUCAAAGGCUAUAAAGUAUCUAAAGAGCAGAGGAGGUUCUAAAGGAACUCUUAAAAGAUGAAAAAUAUACUCCAAGAUAAGCAUCUUCAAUGAUUUUUAGUCAAAAGAGAACUUUUCAUCAAAAAUAAGAGAGUGAGGAAUUCAGUUUGGGAAAUAUUUCACAUCAUUUCAGUUAAAAAUCUGAAAUGGUAGGGUAGAGUUAGACCUAUGAAAGAGAAAAUAGGCAAUUGAAUAAUAAAUCUGUAAUCAUUUAGUCCUAAAAGUAGCACAGUAAUUUUUAGCCUUAAGCCUAACAUGUUAAAAUCACCCAGCCAUACGUUGAUCAUGCUUAGCCCAAAAAUCAACCUAAGAAAUCAUAGAGUAAAUCAAUUAUUAGAAAGGUAACAGGUUAGAAAAAUAUAGUUCCUACUUCAGAGACACUUAAUGACUAGUUCAAGCCUUAGAUCAUUAGAAAUGAUAGAAAUAAAUCAUUCGUUGAUCCUGAGUUGCUCUAUGAACAGAAAAAUAAAUCAGUGGAGAAGAGAAGACAGCGCAUCAUCUAAUAAAAGCAUGAAGAAUCUUUGAAAAAGCUUGAACUUAAAUACCAAAAGAUUGAUGAGCUCAGAGCAAGCAGGAAUACUAUGGUAUAGCCAGGUUAGAACAUAAGCAAGCAUUAUUCUAAUAACAAAAACAAAUCAUUAGAAAAUCCUAGUAGAUGCAACUUCAAAGAUACAGGCAGCAGGGACAUGACCCCACUCAGGAAACAGAAAUCCAUGAAUGAGUUCUAGAGCAUUACACCAACUAGAAUGAAUCUAUAGCUUAAUAAGCAAAAUCAUUUGGGGAAGUCAUUCCAAAAUCUAUUCUAGACACAUAAUAAUGCCAAUCAGCACUAGACUAUUUAACCUGAAUAUGAUAAUAACAGCUAUCUGAGAACUCCAAGCAGCAAUAAUUUGCAACUAUUAACUUAAAGAUAGAAUGCAUUUCCUUAGGGAUACAGCAGAUAGUUUAUUACAAUAAAUAAUCAUACAGUCCAUUAGGAAAUGUUUUCAAAGUCAACUGAAAAAUAACAGCAGUCAAGAGUUUAUGAAAACUACUAAACCAAUCUGACUCACAACUAGAACAGGCUUUCAGUUGAAUCUUCAUCCAUCACUAAUUUUAAGUCAAUUAUUAGCAAUAAAUAGAACCAAAAGCGCCAGAAAUCCAGUGAAAUUGUUAGCUGCAAGAUAUAAGGCUAAAAUGGCAAAAGCCUAAAGAAUUACAGAUAACUCAAAAAGCAACAUAAUAACAUGAAAUAGAAGGUGCAAUCAACCAUUUAAAUAUUGAAAUCUGAUAACAUUUAAUAGCAGAUAGCAACCUAAAUAUUAUAGUAGCCUUUCUAGAGUAGCAGAGACUCUAAUCAUGAGUAUACGAGUAGAUUAAAGAGCAAUCGAUCAGUUAGCAGAUCCCCUCUUAGGCUAGCACCCAAUGAAAGAAGGUUUAACGGAUCACAGUUGACAAGUUUGAUGAAUAUGAGCAAUGUGAAUAAGAGCACAGCAAGCAUUGGUGGGGGUGCUUCAGUUCAUUAAAAUUUCCACAAGAAAAAGAGCAGUAUUUAUGAUGACAGCAACCUUGACGAAUUUGAAGAUGAGGUAGAGCACUUCGAGUAUGAAUUAACAAAUGGCAAUUAGUAGGAAUUAUAGCAAUGUGGUAAUUGCGAGAGACUAAAAUCAAAAGGACUUUCAACCAAAUUCUGCCUUUAACAUGACCAUCAAUUAUGA